UUCCCUGUGGUCCUAACUCAGCCCAUCUUUCGACCACAUGUUUCAGAGAGAUUUCAUGUCUUAACUCUCCACUGCUCGUCUUCAACCCGAGUUUUUCCUUAGAUGCCGUAACCAUUACAAAGAAUGGAUAACAGGUGGAGUCUUCGGGGCAUGACCGCUCUCGUCACCGGCGGAACCAAAGGAAUCGGGCAAGCAGUCGUGGAGGAACUUGCGGGUUUCGGGGCGAAAAUACAUACUUGCGCUCGGGAUGAAGCUCUGCUUAACCGAUGCUUGCGUGAAUGGCAAUCAAAAGGGUUUCAGGUCACCGGUUCGGUUUGUGAUUUGUCGUCUCGGCCAGAAAGGCAGAGACUAAUGCAGGAUGUCUCCUCUCAGUUUCAUGGCAAGCUCAACAUCCUCAUAAACAAUGUCGGCACGUUUAUCCUGAAGCCGGCUGUGGAAUGUACAGAAGAAGAUUUCUCGAUUUCGAUGGCUACGAAUCUGGAAUCCGCUUACCAUCUCUGCCAACUCGGGCAUCCUCUACUGAAGGCGUCGGGAUAUGGGAGCAUCGUGUUCAUCUCCUCGGCUUCUGGGGUUGUGUCAGCUCUCAACACAUCUAUCUAUGGCCCAACAAAAGGUGCCAUGAAUCAACUGGCGAGAAAUUUGGCGUGCGAGUGGGCAAGCGACAACAUAAGGGCUAACUCCGUUGCCCCUUGGCUCACUGUAACUCCUCUCGUCGAAAACCUGCUCGAGGACGAAAAACUGAUGGAGGCUAUAAUCUCGAGAACACCACUAGGCCGUGUUGCAGAGCCGAGGGACGUUUCGUCUCUCGUAGCGUUUAUGUGUCUUCCCGCCGCUUCUUACAUAACUGGUCAAACCAUCUGCGUCGAUGGAGGUUACACUGUCAACGGCUUCUCUUAUCAGCCUCAGGCCUGAAACCGAUGAAAUUUCGAAAUUCAAAUUGUAUCGAUAUUGUUACAUUUUCGAACAUUGUAAAAUGCGUAAACGCAGUGCUUGUUUCACGACCAAUUGAGUAUAUAUAUGCAUGCAUAUAUAUACUCCAUUGGUAUCAAAACCUGUACAACGAGCUCUCUGUCUAUUAGUUGUAAUGAACACAAGUGGAGGUGAGAUUCAUAGUCUGCAAGAUCUGGACCGAACCGGGGAAGGUUUCAGUUUUCUACAGACGGAAAAUCGAUAUCGCAAGAGCUUCUACAUUAUGAAAUAUAUAACCGUAGCUCUCCCUUACGAUAGGGGUCUUAUUUCCUAAUACAAAUAAGGUUCUGAGAUUCAUAUA